AUGAACUCCAGACGGUCUUCCCACCUCUUGCUGUGCCUCCUGACGUUUGCUGUCGCUCUGGGCGCAGAUCUGAUGCCAACGCUAUCCUUCCUAACAGUACACCGUAGCCGGAUUCUUGCCUCAUUCCAGCAAAACGGAGUUCAGAAUUAUGACACUUUUCUCCUGAGCAAAGACGGGGCAACUCUCUAUGCGGGAGCCAGAGACACAAUCAUCGCCUUGGACCUUCGCAGCGCGAAAUCCAUCAGGCAGAAGGGUGUGCGUCUUCCACUUUUCCUGCCACAGAUCCACUGGAGCCCCACGACUGUGAAAAAGGAUGAGUGUGCCCACAAAGGAAGGAAAAAAGAGACGGAAUGUUUCAAUUUUAUCCGUGUCCUGGUGCAGCUGAACGAGACGCACCUUUACACCUGCGGGACGUACGCUUUCAGCCCUACCUGCACUUACAUAGACCUACAAACAUUUACUCUGGCAACUGGCACAGAAGGCACCCCCCUCCUCCUGAAUGGGAAAGGCGUCUCCCCCUAUAACCCUCAACAUCACAGCACAGCAAUCCUUGUCGAUGGCGAACUUUACACGGGUACCACAAACAACUUUCUAGGGAACGAGCCCGUCAUCACUCGUACCCUGGGGAGCAGGACAGCUUUGAAGACAGAUAUCUGGAUGCAUGGCGAUGCAGCUUUUGUGGCCUCCAUCCAUGUCCCGACCCCCCCGGAUGACGACAAAGUCUAUUUUUUCUUUCGGGAAACAGGAGACGAAUUUGACUUCUAUGAGAAAGUGACCGUCUCAAGGGUGGCUCGUGUCUGCAAGAAUGAUGUUGGAGGAGAAAGGGUGCUGCAGAGGAAAUGGACCACCUUUCUGAAAGCUUAUAUCUCCUGCACCCAGCCAGGGCAGUUCCCUUAUACCGUCAUCCAACACAUUUUUGCUGUUCCACAUCAGGGAGAUGGUGCUAUCUUCUAUGGUGUCUUCACUCCUCAGUGGUCUGUGGCAAGCAUCUGGAGUACAGCUAUCUGUGCCUUCAGCCUUGAUGAUAUCAAAAGAGUAUUUGAUGGAAACUACAAAGAGAUAAACAUGGACCUUCAACGAUGGGUGGUCUAUAAUGGGCCAGCAAUGGACCCUCGCCCUGGCAGUUGUUCUGCCACCCCACCUUCAGACAGCACCCUCACCUUCAUGAAAAGCCACUACCUGAUGGAUGAGAAGAUUAAGCCAAUCAAUAACCAUGCUCUGCUGGUGAAACACAAUGAGAUAUACAGGCAGAUUACGGUACACCAAACUCGGAAUGCCUUGGGAGUUCCCUAUAAUGUGCUGUUUCUUGGGACAGACAAAGGUGCCCUUCACAAAGCUGCGGUAGUUGAUAACAAGGCUCAUAUGAUUGAGAAGAUCGAGCUGUUUGAGGAGCCAGAGGCAGUUCUAAGCCUGGUGCUGGCCCCUGAAAAGGGGAUCGUGUAUGUGGGGUAUUCCAAAGGAAUCCUACAAGUCCCAAUUGCCAACUGUGGCAAACACAAAACCUGUGCUGACUGCAUUUUAGCGCGAGAUCCUUACUGUGCCUGGGAUGGACGCAACUGCAGAUUCAUUCUGGAUUCCACAGAUAAAAAGAAUAACAUGAAGCAAGAUAUUGACACAGCAAAGCCAGACAAUGGGUGCCUGCGUAGCAGCGGAAAGGGCGGAGCCUCACCAAAGUUAAUGUUUCUGGUUGUUGGGGUGGCCAUGGUUUUCUUCUCCUAUCCCACCAAGCUGAAAGUGAAAAGCAAAGUGCAGGGGUGCAGGGCUCUCCCCAAAGCCAAUAAAGCAUCAUCCAAUAAAGCAUCAUCCAGUCAAGAGACGGUCCUGCCCAGUGGCAGGCAGAGAGCUCCGCAAGGCAGCCCUUGCCGGGAAACUGCCGGCAGCUUCAGAUUCUGUUGUGUUGAAGUGGGGGAGCCUUUUCAGGAUCUCAGAGCUGAGAGCAUCUGCCCGGACCCUGGCCUGGCAUACAGGGAUGACUCCAGAGGAGCCGUGGCAGUGGAGGGGAUCUAGCCUGAUUUAGCUCAUCCCCCAUCAGCGGGUGUCAAGAGCAACUUUCAGAGAUCACACCGGCUCUCACAGGCAACCUAACAAGAACAAAAGUCUUGGCACUACUGUGAAUACUGUUCCAACACGCCAGCAAACAACAUGGCAUUACCCCUGCUCUGACUUCAGGUUUUCUUCUCGUUUGUCCAAUGCCAUGUAAAGCCCAGGACCUAGCACCAGGAGCCUGGCAGAAUCCCUCCUGCUCAUUCAGGUCCCUGUCCCCAUCUCCGUAGGCAGUAGUGGGAAAGUGUCCCCAUGUGUUCACUCGCAACCAAAUCCAUAUAUUUCUACUUAAGUUCAGUAAACAAAUGGACGCUGCCGCCAGACACCAGAGCUCUCCGUUUUGGAGAUGGUAAGGAAUAAAGAUGAAGGUGGGGUGAGAUGGUGGGUCAAGGCUGCUUAUUUGGCCUUCCUCAGUGUUCUUCACACCGCGAUGCAACAGCUGAGCAAUGCCUGGGUGGUGUGCGUGACUGCAAAAGAAAGGGAGGCUACAGAGGAGUAGAUCUGAUAUGAAAGGGAGGCCGCUUCUAAGGUCACAACAAGGGCAGACUUCCUAGGGGAAAGGAGGGCAUCUUCUUUGCAGGGCAGCUCUACCAUGAGACAAAAAUGAACUGACAGACAUGGGGUACUGUUGGGGGCGGCAGAGCGGGAGACUGAGAAGCUUAACCCACGGCACGGCCUCUUCUGUGCAAGGUUCCCCGGAGUUAACAGGGAUACCCAACAAUUAUUGCCCCUGAGGUUGUUCCCCGUUUAUCUUUGCGACCUGACCCCGUGUAUGGCUCAUGUGGUCUUGUGAGAUAUUUAGGGGUCAGAUGGGGAUGAAGAAGGUGAUACGGGUCCAUACUCUGCCUACUUUAAAUGAAACAGAAAAUUUUAGUGCCUUAUACCAUUGACCCAUCUUGCUCAAGAGUAUCAAGACAGACUGGCAGUGGCUGUCUCAGGGUAUCAGGCAUUCCAGUCCUGACUUGAGGUGUCAGAGAUUGAAUCUGGGGCUUUCUAGUCUACCACUGUGCUGUGGUCCAAUGCCUCCACCUUUCUAAAGAGUUCUUCCUCACACUUUACAAACAUGCUAGAGGCCUAUUUUACCUGUCUUCAGCAGAUAUGUGUGCACUCUGUUACAAUUUUUUUAAAAAAUGCACCAGGGCCCUCAAAAUUCUGUGCCAGGAAAAACUAAAUCCUGUUUGAUUGCUAUUUUUAUUUUUUUUCAUAAUGCUGACAUGUUUCCUAUUCUGCAUAAUUUAUGGUGGUUUUCUGGGUGUGUGGGCAAGGGGGAGAAAGCCUGAAGGUUGCCCUCCCCAUAAAAAAAAAACUACCACUACCUCACCCGACACACU